GCAAACAGGGAGGCAUGUUUCAACAGAUGGCUCUUGGUGUCCCAGUUCAGCCAGCGCUAUUGCUCUACUACACGUAAACCGGUUGUCCUGUCUAAGAGAAAGGAAGAUAACAAGAGAGAACGAGAGACAAAGACAGAAAAGGAGGGAGUGCAGUUUAGCUGAGGAAACUGAAACUGCAUAGACAAGAACUUCUGCUUUUCAGUUUCCUGUGUCUCAAAAGUUUUUUUUUUUUUUCUCCACCCUGUCUCCCAUUCAGUGUUCUUAUGGCAGGCGUCCUUUACAGAGUUUGGUUCAGUCUUAAGUGGGAGUGCACCAAAGGAGACAAAUAGAGAGACAGAGAGAGAGAGAGAGAGAGAGAGAGAGAGAGAGAGAGAAAAAGAAAAGUGUGGCGUGACUGGGACAUUGCUCAGUGUUGCUCCCUCAGCUUUGGGGGUUCCUCUGCAAGACAUAGGGGACAAAAAGCACCACCUGCUCCCUCUCCAGCAGUUUCCAUUGGACCUGCAGUCUGGUGUGUGAGGCCCAGAGUCUUGGCAUCUGCCAUACAAAGGAAUUCCCAUCAGCCAUUAAGGGGCCGAGCUGAGGCUUGACAGCAGAGCUGCUUAAAGUGCCACGAGGCUGCACACAGGCCGCAGAUAGACUGGUGUCCUUCUCCAUCAAGUACUUUGAAGUGAGAUAUCAGGUAGUCUGAGCAGGAGACCAGGCGUGGUACCACGGGCUAGAGGUCAGAGGUCAUGGCGAUGGUGACUGGCCAGUUGGUGGUGCUGCUGGCCAUGGUGGCAGUGGCCCAGGCCUCAGUCUUUCUCUCUGGCCAGAGACUGAAGUCUCGAUUCCAACGAGACCGCCGUAACAUUCGUCCCAACAUCAUCCUCAUCCUCACUGAUGACCAGGACAUUGAGCUGGGCUCCAUGCAGGCGAUGAAUAAGACACGGCGGAUCAUGGAGCAGGGUGGCACCCACUUUUCCAAUGCUUUUGUGACAACACCAAUGUGCUGCCCAUCACGCUCAUCCGUCCUGACGGGCAAAUACGCACACAACCACAACACGUACACGAACAACGAGAACUGCUCGUCCCCCAGCUGGCAGGCCCAGCAUGAGCCACGCACCUUUGGAGUCUAUCUCAACAACACAGGCUACAGGACAGCAUUUUUUGGGAAAUAUCUGAAUGAGUAUAAUGGCAGCUACAUUCCCCCUGGCUGGAGAGAGUGGGUGGGGAUGGUGAAGAACUCCCGUUUCUACAACUACACGCUCUGCAGGAAUGGCAUCCGCGAGAAACAUGGAUUCGAUUACUUGCAGGACUAUCUGACAGACCUGAUAACCAACGACAGCAUCAGUUACUUCCGCAUGUCCAAGAAAAUCUAUCCUCACAGGCCAGUGCUGAUGGUGCUCAGUCACGCUGCCCCUCAUGGGCCAGAGGAUGCAGCGCCGCAGUACACCACCGCCUUCCCCAACGCAUCUCAACACAUUACUCCAAGUUAUAACUACGCUCCAAGCCCAGAUAAGCACUGGAUCAUGCGCUAUACUGGUCCAAUGAAACCCAUCCACAUGGAGUUCACCAACAUGCUGCAGAGGAAGAGGCUGCAGACACUGCUGUCUGUGGAUGACAGUGUGGAGAAGAUUUAUAAUAUGCUCGUGGAGACAGGUGAGUUGGACAACACGUAUAUUAUCUACACCUCUGAUCACGGCUACCACAUCGGGCAGUUUGGACUGGUCAAGGGCAAAUCCAUGCCUUAUGAGUUUGACAUACGAGUUCCUUUCUAUAUACGAGGCCCCAGUGUGGAAGGAGGAACCAUCAACCCCCACAUUGUACUGAACAUCGACCUGGCCCCCACUAUUCUGGACAUCGCAGGGCUCGAUAUUCCACCAGACAUGGAUGGCAAGUCCAUCCUCAAACUGCUCGACACUGACAGACAUAUGAACAGGUUCCAGGUCAACAAGAAGGGGAAAGUAUGGAGGGACUCCUUCCUGGUGGAGAGAGGUAAACUACUUCAUAAAGUAGUGCAUGAUGGGAAGGAGAUGGCACAAGAAGAGAACUACCUUCCCAAAUACCAGCGAGUCAAAGACCUGUGUCAGCGUGCUGAGUACCAGACACCCUGCGAACAGAUUGGACAGAAGUGGCAGUGUGUGGAGGACUCCACUGGGAAGCUGAGGCUAUAUAAGUGCAAAGGCAUGGCCAGUCUUUCUGCACUAAGGAAACCAGUGUCCAGUGCUAAGCCCCAGUUUUAUCAACGCACUAUUAGCACCAAUGCUAAAGCUAACACAGAGCCUGACGACUGUGACUGUGACUUCAGCAGCUACAGACUUAGUACGCUGAAGAAAAAGACCUUGCUGUCCAAAAACAAACUGAAGACACUGAGAAGUUACACCAGGAACCGCUACGCUCGCUCACUUUCUGUGGAGAUAGAUGGAGCUCUAUAUGCAGUGGAUCUGGAUGGUGAAUACCAACCAGCCAGCAGCAGGAACCUGAACCACGGCCACCAGGAAGAGGAGGUGUUCAGCGGGAUGGGUCCGACUGCUGAGACGCAAACCAGCAACAGCCUGACAUUGCCUUCAUCUAUUAAAGUCACACACAGGUGUUCCAUCUUGGCCAACGAUACAGUAAAGUGCGACGUAGGACUGUACAAAUCACUGCAAGCAUGGAAAGAUCAUAAACUCCACAUCGAUCAUGAGAUCGAGACACUACAGACGAAGAUUAAGAACCUGAGAGAGGUCAGAGGUCACCUGAAGAGGGUGAGGCCUGGGGACUGUGACUGCAGCAAGUACAUCUACAAAUCCAAGUUCAAGAGUAAGCUGAGAAAAUAUAAAUCGGACAGCAUGCAUCCAUUCAGGAAAGCACAGGAGAAGGAUAAGAGGGCGUGGCUAGCGAUGGAGCAGAAGCGCAGGAAGAAGCUCAGGAAGAUGUUGAAGCGCCUGCGUAACAAUGACACAUGCAGCAUGCCAGGCCUCACCUGCUUCACGCAUGAUAACCAGCACUGGCACACUGCCCCCUACUGGUCCUUGGGACCUUUCUGCGCCUGCACCAGUGCCAACAACAACACAUACUGGUGCAUGAGGACUAUCAAUGAGACACACAACUUCCUGUUCUGCGAGUUUGCUACAGGCUUCCUGGAAUACUUUGACCUUAACACAGAUCCAUACCAGUUGAUCAAUGCUGUAAACACACUGGAUCGACACGUUCUGAACCAAAUGCACGUUCAGCUCAUGGAGCUGCGAGGCUGCAAGGGCCACAAACAGUGUAACCCCCGCAUACGCAAUAUGGACCUGGAGGGCAGAUUUGGGAAGGAUGGGAAGGAUAAGGACGAGGCAGAUAAGAGCCAGUUUCAACCCUUGUACACACUCGAUGAGCACGUCUAUGAUCUCGACCUCAACUUCACCUUGAGCCUGGAGGACUGGGCCCACUUCAGCCGCUCCGUGGACCACACGUACACGUUUCUUAGCAACCAUAACCGGCUUUGCCAACAAGACCUGAUGGGAGGGGCCAGAGGAAGAGACUGUGCCCUUGUGUCCUCUGCCAGUGGGUCAGCUUCAGUCGUCUACCUGACCACUCUGGCCACUCCUGCUUUGUUGCUGAGGGAGGCAGGGACAGAACUUCUGAAACAAGCUUUAGGAUUGAGAACGAAGCCACACCCCUCUUCCUCGGCUCCUCCCACUUCUUCUUUUUCUUCUUCUCCAUCCAGACGUUUGCUCUCCUCCGGCCCACACGAGGAAAGGGACACUUCAGAGGAAAAGGUGAAUAAGCUUUUGUGGAGUGGACGAACAGAAGAGGAGAAGAGAGAGGGGGAGGAGGAGGAGAAGGAGGAGGAGGAAGAGGACAGUGAUGAAGAUGACGAGGAAGAGGUUUUUAUUAAGAAACGGACAGGUCGACAAAGAUUCGGCACCGCCCACUGUGACUGCAGCUAUUUCCAGGUCUCCGUCUGACUUUCUGUAUGGGCCUACUGUCGUUACCUCGUUCCUCAGAGAAGACUCUUAACCUUCAACAGAAGUGUACAGAAGUUUACCUCCAGCCUACAACCAACCUCUUUCUCUCCUACCUCUCGUUCUCUCGUUCUGCCUCUUCGGUCCACAUCAGUCUUCCGCAUCAGCCACAGCCUCCAGGCUCUGUUUCUUUCCAUUCCAUCUGUCCCUCGUUUAAGUCUGUCUAUCAUGCUACAUAACUAAUAUCCCAGAGAUCAACUAGGCUUCAAAGAGUGCGCAUUUCUUCAUGGAAGAUUUGAUAGGUGAGGUUGUGGGAGUGAUGAGAAAAUUAUAAGUGAAAGAAUGUUGACGUGUUUGUAUUGUGGAUAAGUGUACAUGUAUUCUGUUGAGUUUUGUAAGUGCUGAUGGCUGUGUGUACGUCUGCCCUGCACAGCUUCAGACCAUGUGGCACAUUCCCCAGUCUCUUUCCAUAACUGCCUCAAUGUCCAACAAGCCUGUUCGACAUCCUGGCUGACCUUGAGGCCAUGCCAGUAAGAUGCUUGUUUAACCCUUAUGUUCUGUUCCAUUACAGUUGAAAUGACCUAUUUUAAAUUUCUGCAGAUAAAAAUGAUGUUACAAUACAA